AUGACGGCGAAGGAGAUUGAAGCUAAUGCAUCUAUUUUGAUCCUUGGGGGUAGUGAGACUACAGCCGGCCUUCUCGCAGCCCUUACUUACUACAUGCUUUCAACACCCGCGGCGUAUAAGAAACUCUCAGAUGAGAUUCGAGGGUCAUUUCGAUCCUAUGAGGAUAUUGACUUUCAGGGUCUGCGUCACUUCCCAUAUCUCAAUGCUGCUCUGGAGGAGAGUCUUCGUAUCUAUCCACCGGCUCCUGGAACCCUUCCACGCAUCGUUCCCAAGGGUGGUGCUUUCAUUGAUGGUGAAUUCAUUCCAGAGGGAGUAUCAGUAUCUGGAGCCCAUUACUCAGCCUACCACGCAGAAUGUUACUUCAGAGAUGCAGACUCGUUUAGUCCAGACCGCUGGUUGGAUAGUCGCGACACACGAUUUGAAAAAGAUUGUCGCGGGGUGUUGCAACCAUUCUCACUCGGCCUGAGAGACUGUGUCGGGAGGAAUCUUGCGCAUGCUGAGAUGAGACUGAUAGCAGCAAAAAUCAUUUGGAGUUUUGACAUAGUCCUGGAGGAGAGCUCAAACGGGUGGAAUAUUCAAAAGUCUUACACUAUUUGGGAGAGAAAACCGCUGUUUGUUAAACUAUCUCUAGCUCAGUAG